GGAAGAUACGGUUAGCUUUACUGCAGUGGGGCAGGAUCCUCUCCGGUGUUUUUGUCCAGUCCACCGAGCUCACGACAAUGACAGCGAGGAAGUCUGGCUCCCGCCUGGAGACGGAGAUCGAGCGGUGCCGCUCAGAGGGACAAUGGGACAAGAUACCGGAGCUAGUGCGGCAGCUCUCGGCCAAGCUCAUAUCAAACGAUGACCUUGGGGAGCUGUUGCUGGGAGAAUGCAAGCUUCAGACAUACUUGAAGGAGAAUCCCAUCAAACAGGGAUCCAGUCCCCGGGGCCCACGACCAAAACUGGUGGAGGUCAGGAAACACCUCACUGCUGCUCUGGACAGACGGAACCUCAAGGCCGACUACCUCCUGGAGGCUAGCGUGCUGAUGGCUAAACUCUGCUAUGUUGAAGGAGAAUACAGAGACGCUUUAGGUCACUACACCAGAGUAAAUAUGGAUGACAUGCAGCUGGCGGGAGCUCCUGUAUAUAGACUUUCCAUGAUAGCAGAGGCUUAUGCUACUAAAGGACUGUGUCUAGAGAAGGUCCCAGCUACUUCUCCAUCUCUGUCCAACAGGAACACUGGCUCUCCAUCGUCUAAUAGGAGCACAACAGACAGAGACCAAGAAAUCAUCACAUGCUAUGAAAAGUCUGGAGACAUCGCUCUUCUGUACCUGCAGGAGGCUGAAAAGGCCUUGUCCGCAGGGAUUCAGAAUCGCAGCCCAAAACCUGGGCCAACGGCCCAGGACCAGGAGCUGGGCUACUUCCUGGAGACUGGCCUGCAGAGGGCCCACGUCAUCCACUUCAAGAAUGGCAACCUCACAAAAGGUGUUGGCCGGUUUCGAGAGAUUCUUCGGGCUGUUGAGACCAGAACCACACAGAACCUGCGCAUGACCAUAGCCCGACAGCUUGCAGAGAUCUUGCUCAGAGGAAUGUGUGAACAGAGUUACUGGUCCCCUCUGGAAGACCCGCCCACGGUGUCACCAUUGGACGAUCCAACGCGGCAAGGACACACUCACAGCAAGAACUACAACCUAAGCCGACGCCCACGAGUGUACUCAGGAGAGAAUUUGUUUUGCCCUCAGGAGAAUACAGAAGAAGCAUUGCUGCUGCUGCUCAUCAGUGAGUCCAUGGCUAACCGUGAUGCCGUCUUGAGCAGAAUUCCUGAACACAACAAUGAUCGUAUCAUCAGCCUACAGUCGGCGUCUGUGGUGUACGACCUGCUCACUAUAGCUCUGGGGAGGAGGGGGCAGUACGAGAUGCUGUCAGAGUGUUUGGAGAGGGCCAUGAAGUUUGCCUUUGAAGAAUUCCAUUUGUGGUACCAGCUCGCCUUGUCACUAAUGGCAGCUGGCAAAUCUGCUCGUGCUGUUAAGGUCCUUAAGGAAUGCAUUCGUCUAAAGCCUGACGACCCCACCAUCCCUCUGCUGGCUGUCAAGCUGUGUAUCGGAGCCUUGCACUGGCUGGAUGAUGGUGAGUGCUUUGCUAAGAUGGUGAUAGACAUGGGGGAGAAAGCGGCUGAGUUCAGAGCCAAAGGCUUCUUGGCCAUUGGGCUGGUUUACAGCCUUAAAGCCACUGAUGCCUCCUUACGAAGCAUGCAGGAGGACUACCAGAGGAAAGCUUUGGGUGCCUUCCAGAGAGCUCAGAGUCUGUCUUCAACUGACCACCUCGCAGCCUUCUACUUGGCACUGCAGCUUGCUGUGUCCAGACAGAUCCCAGAGGCACUGGGGUAUGUUCGACAGGCGCUGCGGCUUCAAGGGGAUGAUGUCCACUCCCUUCAUCUGCUGGCCCUGCUGCUCUCUGCCCAGAAACACUACCACGACGGUCUCAAUAUUAUAGAGAUGGCCCUGUCCGAGUAUCCGGAGAACUUCAAUCUAUUGUAUACCAAGGUGAAACUUGAGUCGAUGUGCAGAGGACCAGAGGAAGCUCUGCUCACCUGUAAACACAUGCUGCAAAUCUGGAAGAGCUUUUACAACCUUACCAACCCCAGUGAUUCAGGGCGCGGCAGCAGUUUGUUGGAUAGAGCCAUGGCAGACAGAAGACAGCUCAACGCCAUGACUCUUCCUGACUUCAGUGACCCCGAUUUACUCUCAGCUUCUUCCUCUUCUCACUCUGGUUCUGAAGCAGUAUCCCCCACUUCCCCAUCCACCAUUUCCACCUUCUCAUCUCCGCCACCCUCCCCUUUCUUUCCUUCCUCCCCUUCCUCCCCUUCCUCCCCUUCCUCCCCUUCCUCCCCUGUGUUCAUUCUCCAGCCUCCUCCACCACCCAAAAACCCGUCCUUCCUCCCGCCACUUCCACCUCAUCCCCCCCCUCCUCCACUUCUUCCCACAUCCACCAAGACCAGGACUCACUCGUUUUGCAACCACGCAACUCUUCGCCAUCUUUCCUCCAACUACGGCCGUCACAACGCUAACAUUCUUGGUUUUUCCUCCAUGUUUUCUGUUUGUUCGGUGCACGCUACUUCCAUAGCAGCCAGUCGUGUAGAGCAGGCUCUGUCUGAGGUGGCCUCCUCCCUGCAGAGCAGCGCCCACAAACAUGGGCCGCUCCACCCCUGGAUGACCCUGGCUCAGAUCUGGCUGCAUGCAGCCGAGGUGUACAUCAGCAUGUCGAAACCUGCCGAGGCCUCAGCGUGCACCCAGGAAGCCGCCAACCUCUUCCCCACAUCCCAUAAUGUGCUGUACACGAGGGGCCAGAUAGCCGAGCUGAGGGGCAACAUAGACGAGGCAAAACGCUGGUAUGAGGAGGCCCUGUCCAUCAACCCAACACAUGUCAAGACCAUGCAGAGACUGGGUCUGAUUCUCCAACAGCUGCAGCGCUACAGUCUGUCUGAGAAAGUCCUGAGGGACGCUGUGCAGGUCAACAGUACGGCUCACGAUGUGUGGAACAGUCUGGGUGAGGUGUUGCAGGCUCAGGGAAACGCUGCUGCUGCCACUGAGUGUUUCCUCACCGCCCUGGAGCUGGAGGCCAGCAGCCCCAUUCUGCCCUUCACCAUCAUACCCAGAGCACUAUGAGACACACACAGAGCAUGCCUGGGUGCAACUUACACACACACUUGCAUAAGGUGUUACUGCCAUACCCUCAGAGAUACACACAUACACACACCAUAGAAAUGCAAAUAAUACAUAUGAACAUUCAUACACGCUUCUCCCUACCAAACCUUCCCAUAAUGCCUUGCUGUGGCUGUGACUCUUGUGUGUGGGAGUAAGUCUGUGCCGAUACAUUGCUUGUUUAUGUCAGUCUGCACUUUUUGUGUGCCUGUUUGUGUCUGUGCAUGUACACCCAUGUUUGUGUAUGUGCGGCCACAUGACGUCUGUGCAUAUUCUGUGUGUGUUUGUUUCUUUUCCUGUUCACAGAUGUAAAUAAGUUCCAAUUAGAUCCAUUACUGUGACAGUCAGCAUUCGCAAACCUUAAAGUUUACAUUUUGUUUACAUGUUAUUAAGUACCAAAACAAACACACACAAUUUCAUGGUCCUUUCACACACUGAGGGAAGAUCUAGAAAAUUGUAUAAAAAUGACUUAUGGGCAGUUAAAUAGUUUUAUUAAUGUUUCCUUUAUAGGCCUAAUUUUACUGGUAUUCUUGUUGACUCAAAUACACACACACACACACACACACACAUUCACCUCUGGCUGGAGAGAAUUGUUACUGUAGGACUGACUCACGACAGCAGAUCACGGAAGAAGCCAUCAGUAAAAUUGAAAAUACCAAACCAAGGGCUGCAUUUACACACAAUCAAGAUUCGAUUUUUAACAGCGAAUGCUCAAGUAUUCGCUAGUUUCAACCUUCACUGACAUUGAAGGAGUGGACGUUCACAAGUUUUCACUUCCUGACUGAGUGUAAGAUGAUAUGACACAAAGAUGUGCAGUAAAUAGGAAGCUAGAGCCAGCAGCUAUUAGCCCAUGUUAGCAUAAAGGCUUUCUCCACUCAAUAAACAAUAAAAAGCACUCCCAGGUAUCUCUACAGCUCACUAAUUAACAUGUUCUAUGUUGUGUAAUCUGUACAGAAACAUGUUUAAACGACAACACACAGAUUGUGCGACUGUUGCAUCUCCUACCUUUUGUCUUUCGCUGCUUUUUACUCUGUCUGCCUCUUCCCUGAAUAAUAGUGGAAACAUGCUCAUCAAUGAACUGUAAAGAUGAUGGUAGAUACAUGUUGUUCAUCCAGGGUAAUCGAAGCCAAACCAAUAAGCUCCUGGCGUUAUGUUUAGUCAACAGACAUGUGAGUGUUCGUCUCAUCAAGAGCAACGAGAUCGAUUUCUCAAAAUGUCUACUGUUUUCAAAUCAUCUAUUGCUGUAGAGUGAUUCCAGUUCCACAUGAAUAAAGGUUUUUAAUGAUCGCAAUCUGUUUAAUAAUAAACAAUAAUAAACUGCAGCUCCUGUUAAACAUUUCUAUUUUAACUUUUAACUUUCUACUCCACUCACAGCACAAAUCAUGAGUCCGAUGUCGUGUUGUGUGUCAACGAAGCCUCGGUGACUGUUGUGUCUUUGCCCUGUCGCACAAUCAUGUUAAAUACAACCAGAAGAAUAUAGCUUUUUUUUAUUUUUUAUUGUUUGAUGAUCAAUACACAGAGUUGUCAUUGUACAUUUGAUUGUUCCAAGUGUAAUAUUACUGUUAUUAUUUUAGAGAGUAAAUUAUAAUUCUAUUUUCCGGAGAGCGAUGUUACUGAGGUGCUGUGGGAGGAGAGGAAGGAUGAGCUGAUUCAGUUUGUUCAUAUGAGCCCUGUCAGUGAGUCCUUAGUGCUGUAAAUGAAUGCCUGAUAUAAGAAUGAUAUCAAUGAAUCAGAGAAUAAAAUUGGUUAAAAACAA